CGAGCGGGGCGGGGGGGGUGAGGGUCGGCCGUGGCGCUUCCGCCGGGCGGUGCGGCUAUGGCAGCAGGUUCCUUCCGGAGGAGCAUUGCUUCCCAGCUUUCAAAAGUUUUGGAUCUGCCACCAGAAAAUUUAAUAAAGUCGAUAUCUGCAGUUCCCUUCUCCAAGAAACGGCAUGUUGCUGAUUUCCAGCUCUCCAUUGCUUCUGUAAUAGAAAACAGUUCUAGCGAUUGCUUAGCACAAGACCUGCAUCUUCAAGCUCAGCAGCUGGCUGGRAGGCUAAAAUGUGAUUCUGUAGUGAGUGAAAUCAGCGCUGGUCCAGGAACAGUGAAUUUUACAAUAAACAGAGAAUUGUUAGCAAAGACUGUGUUGCAGCAGGUGUGGAAAGAUGGCUCAGAGUAUGGAGCAAAAAGUGAACUUUUCUCUGCAGUUCCCAGACAAAAGGCAGUGAUUGAGUUCAGCUCCCCUAAUAUUGCCAAAAAGUUUCACAUUGGACAUCUACGUUCCACCAUAGUAGGGAAUUUUAUAGCAAAUCUCAAAGUUGCACUGGGACAUGAAGUAGUGAGAAUAAAUUACCUUGGUGACUGGGGCAUGCAGUUUGGCUUAUUGGGUGUUGGUUUCCAAACCUUUGGCAACAAAGAAAAACUAAAAUCCAGUCCUUUGCAACACCUUUUUGAGGUGUAUGUGCAGAUUAACAAAGCAGCAGAAGAUGAAAACACAAAAAAGCUGGCUAAGGAUUUCUUUAGAAAACUGGAGGAACAUGAUGAGCAGACAUUGUCAAUUUGGAAGCAAUUUAGAGACCUCAGUAUUGAGGAAUACAUCCGGAUUUAUAAGCGUCUAGGAGUGCACUUUGAUGAAUAUUCUGGAGAAUCAUUUUACCAAGAGAAAGCCCAGGAAGUUCUAAAGAUGUUGGAAGAYAAAGGACUCCUUCAGAAAACAAUAAAAGGGACAGGAAUUGUGGAUCUCUCAGUGAAGAAGGACCUCUCAACAGUUUCCACUGUCAUGCGCAGUGAUGGGACAUCUCUUUAUAUAACAAGAGAUCUGGCGGCUGCUAUAGACAGAAUGAAYAAGCACAGCUGUGAUAGCAUGAUUUAUGUGACAGAUAAAAGUCAAAGUAAUCACUUUCAACAUUUAUUCCAAAUACUGAAGCUCAUGGGUUAUGACUGGGCAGAAAGGUGCCAGCAUGUGUCUUUUGGGCUCGUUCAAGGCAUGAAGACUCGGAGAGGAGAAGUAGUUUUUCUGGAAGAUGUUUUAAAUGAAGUUCGCUCAAGGAUGUUACAAAACAUGACUUCCACAAAAACAACCAAAGARAUAAAUGAUCCUGUGGAGACAGCAGAGAAGGUUGGUCUUGCAGCACUCAUAAUUCAGGACUUCCGGGGCCUUCUGUCAUCUGAUUAUCAGUUUAGCUGGGAUCGAGCUCUCCAAAGCCGGGGAGAUACAGGUGUGUUCCUUCAGUACACCCAUGCCAGACUCCAUAGUUUAGAGCAGAUUCAUGGGAAUGCAGAGCUAGCUGAUGUUAACGUGGCAUGCUUGCAAGAGCCAGAUGCCAUCUCUGUCCUUCAGCAUCUUCUCAGGUACGACGAGGUCCUGUAUAGAUCUUCUCAGGAUCUGCAACCCAAGCACAUUGUCAGCUACCUCCUCACACUGAGCCACCUGGUGGCCGUGGCACACAGAACCCUUCCCGUGAAAGGCAGCGCCCCCGAGGUGGCACAGGCACGGCUGUGUCUCUUCCARGCUGCACGCUCAGUUCUAGCCAAUGGAAUGAAACUUCUUGGCAUUACACCUGUAAAUCAAAUGUAAUGUACAUAUACAAUGUGUCAUAUACAAUGUGUAAAUGUCACAUCUCUUAGUAAAAUUAUUUUUUCCACAAUAAUAUGAAUCCUCU